AAAAAAAAAAAAAAAAGAACUUCUUUGCACACUUUGAAUGAACAUCAUGUAUAGCAGUUUAAAUUUUUUAAUGUGGCAUGUGCUUCCUUCUUAUUAAUUAUCUAAUCUCCUUGGAUUGACUGUACCAUUUUUUUUUUUCAGAGAAUAAUGUCUAAUUUAAACUACCUCCAUGUUUUAUUUUAAUAUAAUGGUAGAGAGGAGUUCCUGCUGUGGUGCAGUGGAUUAAGAAUCUGAGCUGGUGUAGGUCACAGCUGUGCCUUGGAUUCAAUCCCUGGCCUGGGAACUUUCAUUUUCCAUGGAUGUGGCCAUAAAAAAGCAAUAAUAAUAAUAAUAGAGUAGAGAAAUGAAUCUUAUACAAGUAUGUUGGCAGGAAUAGAAGAAGAGAUUUUGAAGCAAUUUCAGCAGACUUAAUAUAGUCAUUUUAAACUUUUAUUCAAAAUAAGGCAAGCAGUGCUGUAUUUUCAAAAUUCAACUUCGGUUCUUUAUUCAGUGUCAGUAUUUCUCUUGUAAAGUUAAAUGCAUUUUUGAUAAAAUAUACUGCUUCAGGAUCUAUGAAUUUCUAUAUAUGGAACUUUUUGAUGGAAUAUAUAAUUCAAAAUGUCCUACUGGUCUUGUAAGAUAGUCUGCGAUAACUUUUUUGCAAAUGAGCAGUAUCAAGAUUAUCACAUUUCAUUGAUAAUUGUACUUAACUUAUGGAUUAUGUCAUAAAUAAUUGUAGAAAAUCUGUUCUUCUAACUUUUGCUUUGCCCUUUGAUCUUACCUGCCAUUGCAAAAUAUGUUGCAUUUCUUCCUUGCAAAUAAUAUAGAGAUCAUCAAAGACAUCAAAUAUAUCAGACAAAUAAAGAGGGCUAGCUAUCUAACUCACAUAUGUAAACUUAUCUUGUGAAAUAAGAGCUCUUAUGUUGUUCAAACAUUCUCAACAAAAGUUUCACAUCUAUAAUUUUUUGCCUUGGUGUGCAGUAGAGUUGUUUAUAAUCAACUCCUACCUUAUCGUAUAAAAAGGAGAAUAAUUUUGCCUUUAAUGUAUUAGCUUUAAUGUAGUUCACACAUUUUAUUAUACUGCUAGGAACCCUGAUAUUCAGCUGAUUUUUCUAUUGUGUAGCAAGACUGUUUUUGUUGAGAGAUGUACUGCACUAGUUUAUGGUUUGCAUUAGCUUCUUAAUCACACAACUCCACACUGUUUCCCUGCCACUAUGGCUCGCUAGUCUACUUCUACAGAAUGCUUACGCCACAAAUCAAAUUCACUGACAGAAAUCACACACAUGGAAGUCAUGACAAUGUAAAAUUUCUGUAAAAGUUUCUAAGCAUUUAUUCUCAACUUCUGUAGUUAUCUCUUUGCUGGUAAGUAAUAAACAGUUUGUAACUGGCACUUUGAGAAGCACUGUUGUAUAUAAAAUGGAGAUAACACCUAUUUUGCAGAAGUGUGGUUAAGAUUACCAAUAAUCUUGGAAAAAUGCCUAUCAAAUAGUAGGCAUUUGAUUUAAAAGAACUAUUAAACUGUAUUAUACAAUAUAUUCCAAUUUAAGCAAACCUAUUGUCGCAGGAAGGAAUAAAUAAAAUGAUCUAUCUGAACUUAAAAAUGUGGACAGUCUUAUGGAGAAAUGUAUUGUCUAUCUGUAUGUAGGUAUCUAGCUAUAGAUAUAUAAAGAUAAAGAUGGAUAAUUGUUACAUGAGUGGCUCCUGUAGGAAAAACUACAGGAGAUGAUGACAGCAUAGAUAGAAUAAUUAUGUCAAAUUAGAGAGAUCAGAAAAAACUCAAGACAAGAUGAAUUUUGAGAUUGGCUUAAAAAGAUGGUAGAACAAGUUGCUGCAGUUUAAGGUAGUGUGGAAAACUUUCUGUGCAUUUUGUUUUUAAACCCUUCCCUGACACAUUUUUUCUCCACAUAGGAUGUACUGGAAAAAUUGUGAAUAGUCUAUUUAGCCAAGAGUAUUUGAAAAGCAUACUCACAGAGUACUCACAAUAAAGGUAUUGUUCUGUGCAUUUUACAGGUAAGGAUACUGAAGCAGAGACAAGUUGAGUAGCUUGCUUAAAAGUGAAAUGUGGGCAGUGCUGCAGGGGUAUAAUCCUAGGCAGUGUUACCUCAUAGCCAUUGCUCCCCAGAAGAUUACACUCCCUCUCCUGGGAACAAGUGGGAGCUAAGAAUGGAAAGGUUGGAGGGUAUCUGUUCAGGGAAAAUAAUGAGCUGAGGGUUUUUCCAACAAAACUCAAGUUGAGUUCACAGUACACGAGGUGAGCCACGGCAGGAGGUGGAGGGAGAGAAGGAUAACUGUCCUCUGCAUUGCGAGGGUCAAGGUCACACUACAAGCAGGGUGGUGGGGAACUAGGAAUGAAAGCAGGAUGGAGUCUUCUUUCAUUCCUUGGUUAGGUCUAAAGAGUACAGAAAGGUGAAAAUCAAUUGUAAGUUUAAAUUGUUUGAAGUGCCUAACAUCAUCUCUGAAUGUGAGAGUAAGGCCAUCUGAGGAGAGAGCAGCUUCAAAUCCCUUGUCACAUUUCUGCUCUGGAGUAUUUCCUUGCUGAGUGGAGUGGUAGCCUCUCUCUUACGGAGAAAGGUCAAAUAAUUCAACUGAGAAGCAAUAAGGACCCACACUAGGAAGUGGCAAAGGAAAGGAAAAGCAACUAUAAGAAAAACAGAAUUUUGAAUUUAUACUGGCGGUACAUGGGCUGAAUGUAUAUUUAGGGGAGUCAUGGGGAGAGACAGUAAUAAUUAAUGACAACUUCUCAAACUUCAGUCCAUAAAGAGAAAUAGGGACUUUAGGAGAAGAUGAAUGUGAGGAGAAAAAGUUGAAUUGAUGAAAAUAGGGGAAAAGAUGAGUAUUUUUUAAAACUUUCAAAAAAAAGAGUAAUUUGUAUUGACAAUUAUGAUUUGCAUAUAUGAAUGUAUUAUUACAUAAACUGGAGUGUGCGUGGUUUGUUGUUUGAGAACAGUAGAAAACUACUAAGCAUUUAAGGUGAAAUUACCAUGAGAAAUGUAGUAAGAUUAUGGCAGAAAAUAUGGCACCAAAAUGUCCAAGUUAAGAGGGUUUAAUAAUGAAAAUACUAUAAGUACUAUUAUAAAGGUGUGGGGAGGCUUAAGGAAACCGAGAGGCCAGUGACUCAGAGACCAACAAUGUGAGAAGCUAGUACUAUCCCUAAGGCUGAGAUGGCUUAAGAUCUAAACUUUAACUAAAACAUGCAGCCAUAUCUGAGCCAAAAGUAAUAACCUUCCUUUCCCUUCUCUUCUGCAGUCUCCUGCCUUUGCCUUCCUUUGGCUGAACCUAAUCAAAAGCCUGAGGGUGGAGGGUGAGGACUGUGUGUCAGAGGGAAAGGCAUUCCAGAGUGGUCAGCUGCUCAGACCUUAGAGAAUACAGAAGGUUAAAAUGGUGAAAUCAGACCCAAGCACAAUGAGGAACAAAAUUAUUCCCUAGUAAUUUUAAAAAGGACUGUAUGUAGGAUUUGGAAUAUAUAUUUUAUUAAUGUUUUCUAAAUGAACUUUAUCUUUUAUAAAGUCACUAUAUAGUUUCUUUGAAGUUCUAGGUCAGAUAUUAAAGCUUACUUUCAGUGCUAUAAUUUUUUUUGAUUGGCAAGAAAUGUGGAUUAUAUUGAAAUGAUUUAGAGUAUUAAUUAUUUUAAUUAAUAAUUGCUAUAUUUCACAAUCCCAGUAAUAAAUCUUUGGAAGUAAAGUAAUAAAGCUAAGAGAUUAGUUUUGUAAUUAUAGCAAGACAGUAUUAUUUCUGACCUUUGUGUUAUGAUAUACUUUUAUAGAAAAUCAGCAUUUUUUUUUAAAGAAAAACCCUCAUUCUGACACAACUCAUUCAUUAUAAAAUUUCCAAGUACAUUAUCAAUCACUUUGUUUGUAGAAUUAUAUAGUACCAAUGGGUUGAUCAUGGAAUGUGUGUAAUUAUUGGCAAGGCUGACUCUUUACUUUUUGUAUAAAGUUGCCUACCGAACUAUUUAAUGAACAAAUGCACUUAAACUUUAUCAUUACUUUGCACUCUACUUCUGUUAAAAUAAUGACAAGUCAUAUAUUCACAUUUCAAUCAUUAAAAUAACAAUAAUGAAAGUAAUGGUUUUCUUGAUUGUAUGCUUUUAUGUUUUUUUUUCCCAAAUAAGUGUUGUUUCACUUAUUCUUUCAUUAUUAGCAUACAUAGAUAUAACAGGAAUUAUUUUAAUAGGCAGAAAUUGUUUAGGGGAAUUAUGAAAUACUUCCUCUUUAUUUUAAUUUCAAGAUGAAAAGAUUCCGCUACAGUUAGCAAAUGAUAGUGGAGAAAUGAAGGAUAGGGGGCAGAGAAGAAUAAACACUUUUCUUUGAACUGAACCAUGGGGAAUUUCUGGAAGAUUUAUAACCACAGUGGCUCAUUGAUUAGUCAGAUGGCAGAAAGAUACUCUCAGUGUGUGCUCCCUUAUCCUAAUGAAAAAGACUAUUAACCCACCUAAAAAUAUAUAUUCAAAGUUGUAUUUUUGUUAAGUGGCCUUUUUAACCCAUUUGGAGAACUGGACCUCUACUUGAAAAUGAGCAACCACUUCCAAAGCAGUAUCACUGCAAUUGCAAAUCAAAUGGAAGUUAGAAUUGAGAUAAUGUGGUUAUAUUCUGAUUGUGAGAUAAAUGUAGUCAGGAACUAUUGACGUUUUUGUGGUCCACAGAUUAUGCAGAAAAUUUUAAUUUCACUGAGUUAUCCCAAUUGACCCUAAAAUGGAAGGUCACAUCAGCGGCCCAGAAACUGCUUCAAGGAUGCUGAAAAGCACUAUUAAAACUUCCUCUUUCAAUGACCUUAGAGUGAGAGUAUUAGGGAAAUCACAGUAGGUUUCAUUGAGAUCAUUCAUUUUAUUGAAUAAAAUUGAACAUUUAAGUAAAUGAAUAAUCAUUUUUGGACAACAUAGUAUGAAAAUAUAUGACCAUAAAAACUUGAUAGCCCUCCAGCAGUGCUUGUGGAAAUUGCAGUCUCUUACAAAUGUUAUAGUGGCUGGUAACUCAGUGGAAAAUUAUAAUGGUGGUCUAAAUUCUAGUACAUUUCAUAAAAUAUGCAUUUUUAUUACUUUCUCAGGUGCAUGUAGUAGUGUGUAUAUACUGCAUUUUGUAGUGGUCUGUGUAGAUUCAUAGAAAUACUGUAUUUUCUCUAGUGUCAACAACUUUGACAGAAAAUUAUACAACUCUUUAGAAAUUCAAAUGAUUUUCAGUAAUUUAGAUAAGGGAGGAUCAUUUUAUUUAUAGGAGGCUUAAUUAUUUUCAACCCAUUUUAUCACUUUAGAAUUCCAUUUGUUUUUCUGUGUAGGAGUCAGUCCAAAGGCUACUAAAGGAGCAAUUGAUCAGAGAGCUUCAUAUGAAAUAUGUCACAAGGAAAGUCUUCCUGAGGUAUAUUUUAAUACAUGUGUUUAGAAAAAUUGUGAAUGCUUUCAUACUACAUUUUCUUGAAAUACAUUUAAUUAUGUAAAAAAAUCUCUAUAUAUUUCUAUGAGGAAUUUCUAUAGCAUUUAGGCACCAACCAUCUAUAGACGCUCUACUAAGAAAAAAUGUCAAAACAUAGAGUUGCUAUGAUUGUCAAAUAUUUCUUCAAGCAAAGGCAAAAUAGCAUGGAUUUAGUAGUUAUUUACAUGUUUACAUUUGACUAUUUAAAAUGACAGGAGGAGUUCCCGUUGUGGCACAGUGGAAACGAAUCUGACUAGGAACCAUAAGGUUGCAGGUUCGAUUCCUGGCCUCUCUCAGUGGGUUGAGGACCUGGCGUUGCCAUGAGCUGUGGUGUGGGUCAGAGAUGCGGUUCUGGAGUUGCUGUGGCUGUAGCGUAGGCCAGCGGCAACAGCUCCAAUUAGACCCCUAGCCUGGGAAACUCCAUAUGCCACAGGUGCGGCCCUAAAAAGACAAAAGACAAUAAAUAAAUAAAUAAAUAAAUAAAUAGAGGAAAUGUCAUUUUAUACUCACAAAUAUUUUAAUGUUCAUAAAUGUUAUACUAUUUGUCCUUAAGAAUCGAAUUCUAGCAAAAGCUAGCUAAACACAAAUACCAGCCUAUAUAUAAAUCAAAAACUUACAUGAAGCUAUUAAUUGGUUAGAGAUUUUAAUUACAUGGUCUUAAGAAAAUUCCCAAAGCAUAGACCCCCCCCCAAAAAAAAUGUAUGUUAAAAAUCAUCGAAGAGAUGGAUUUGGGGUAUAAACAGAAAAAUGUACUUUUCUCCUUUUUUUGUCUUUAUGCCUUUUCUAGGGCUGCUUCCCGUGGCAUAUGGAGGUUCCCAGGCUAGGGGUUUAGUCUGAGCUGUAGCCGCAGGCCUAUGCCAGAGCCACAGCAACACAGGAUCCCAGCUGCAUCUGCAACCUACACCACAACUCAGGGCAACGCCAGAUCCUUACCCCACUGAGCAAGGCCAGGGACCAAACCCGAAACUUCAUGGUUUCUAGUCGGAUUCAUUAACCAUUGCACCACAAGGGGAACUCCUACUUUUCUCCUUCUUAAUCACAUUUCAUAGUGUGGUUUUGUGUUAUUUUAAUAUAUUAGAAUCUUCUUUCUGAAUUGCUCUGUGUUCAGCAACUAUUUUUCUAGAAGUAAUGUUAAUGAUACAUUUUUACUCAUUAGUACUUACAUCCUUUUCAUUCCUAUGAUCUGUGUUCUGAGGUUGGCUUGUACUGUAGCUCCUGAGGCAAUAGAACAUGAUGAAUCUACUGGACACCAGAGAGCAGAAUGCUUACAGUCGUGGCCUCAUCUGCAAGAUUGUGUACCAUUUACUCAGUUCUCACCAUUCUUUUUAGGAGGAAGAAUGGGGAGAACUUGGAUGGAUAGUAAUGGAAUUAAUACAAUUAUUAAUGGAAUUAAUAAUCAAAGGCGAUUUCUGUAUUCACACACAGUACUGAGCUUUCACAGACUACAUAUUAUUUUUAAUCUCCUCAACUUGAGAAUACAGAGGCUCAGAGAACUUCAGCUGUUAAUAGUGACAACUCAUAACUCACAUAGCUGAAAUCUAACAAUAUUGGCUAAGAAAUUAAAAUGAGUGAGUUGGAUACUCGUGCAGUGCAUGGGUAUGUGAGAAUGUUCAUCACACAAGAAGGCAUGUGUGUGAAUGUAGAAAUCACAAGUGUGAUGGCCUCUUGAUCCCACUGAGAUAAUAGAAAUUAAAAUAAAAGACACAUUUAACUUCCUGAAAGACAUCAAACCUGCAGUGGAAAAGGGGGAAAAGAAAAAAAAAAAAAAAAAAAAAAGAGAGGGAAAGGAAAAAAAAAAAGCUUUUCUCUGCCUCUCUGCCUAGAGCCCUAGCAGUUUUGUUGAAGUUGCCUUUUCUUUUUCCACAUACACUUGUGAUUAAUGUUUUGAUAGACAUAUUUUGAUAUCUCUUAAAAAGCUACACUCUAAAAUUUGAAAUGUGUGAGAGGUUUCUAACUUCAUUUUUUUUCCCCCUGACCUGUUGGCCUUAUCCUGUUAAUCAUUGUUUACUCUGAGCUGUAGGGAAAUAAUCAAAGAUUGCCGAAAGUCGAGAUCACAGGGGCAUUUUUCAUUUUGGAAACUUUAAGAAGCUGUGCUAGGUACUGUGUUCCUGUAGGCGACACGGAGGCACAAAAACUCUUAAGUGUGCAUUCUGAAUAAAUUUUGCUUCUCCUGUACAUCAAGUGUAUAUUAGAGAACUAUGAUGUUUUUUGUUUGCCUUUUUGUUUUGAUUGUUGUUUUUCCUAAGGAGCCUCAUGUACUUUAUCUUUUAUUACUUUUCUUAGUAAAGGAACUUGCAAUUUGAUUCCUGAAGGGAAUUAUAGAGACCUUAUUUAUAGCAACUACAAGUGUCAUAUAUAUUUAUACACAUAUUCUUUACUUACAAAAGAUAGACUCAGUAUAACCUGUUUCUACUAUGUCACAUUCUCUCUGGCAUCAAAUUUUAACCAUUUUUCCCUUUAAAUAGGUAUUCUCAUGUUAUUAUUAUUAUUAUUUUAUUUCUACUGAAUGUCACUCUAUUUCUAGCUAAGUUCUGGCUUUUGCAUGUGUUUAAAAACCCUCAAGGUAGAAAACAUUUCCCUCCUACCCUCAUACAGUCAGAUAUUUAAAAUGUCAUAAUUGCCCACAAAUUGUCACUUCUGAGAAAGAGUUUUAGCUUUGAGAUGGCAAAUGGAAUAAAAAUGAUGUUAUUGACUUAUAAUGAAGGGAUUGAAGCACACUGAUAGCGUCUGACCUUUUAUCCUUACUUUUUAAAAGAGCUUUCAGGGGAAAAAGAGAAAACUCCGUUAAAGAGUGUAGUAACUUGCUAGUGAAGUGCACUUUCUUUUAGUGUAGUGAGCUGAGUGUAGUCAAAGGAAAAAGCCCAGAAGGCAUGGUUGUAAAAAUGACAGUUUGCUACUGGUGUAGAUGAUAAUUUAUUCCCGUGAAAGAAAAGCAAGAUAUUGUGGUCACAUAUGGCUUCAGGUUCUGAUUCCCUCUACCUUUGGCAGACUCUAACAAUAAUUAGAAAUUUUUAGAGGCAAACUGAUCAAGGCCUAGAAGAUCAAGCUGCUUCUUCAACUGUCAAUAGUGGAGGUCAGGAUUAAUUUGUUUCUUUAAAAUGUGGAAAUUACUCUCCAUGUUUGAGAGUGGUAUGUGGCACCCCUUAACUAUAUGAUAAAAAAGGGCUUUGAAUUUCACUGUGCUUGUGUAACAUAAAAUAUAUCUAUUUGGAAAGAUCUAAUGGGCCUGAAAUAGAGGGUAAUAGAAAUUGAAUUGGAGUAAUUUAUGUUGUGCACCAAAUAAGGUGGUCAGGGAAACUUCAAAGACAAUCCCUCCUGUAUGACGAAAAGUGAAUAGGCAUUUUAAAACUAUCUUCCUUUUACAUGAAACUGAAUAUCAAUCUACUGACUCCAGAGUUUAUACCAUUAAAGAUUUGGACAUGAACAAAGUGGCAUUGAUACAGCUGUGUGCGUGGCUGCCAGCUAAAGCAAAGAUGCAAGUGCAGUUCAGGUAAUAGGCCAAAGUAUUUAAGUUGACUUCUAAUUAACCCUUUGAGAAGGCAGUUGAACUUGUGGAAUAUGAUUGUGGUUAGAAAAACCAUUAUCUUCCUCACGUCUGAAAAUGAAGAUCUCCGUUUCCAAAUGGUAUAGUUCACUGAAUUGAAAAUAAAAAUAAAAAUAUAAAAAUAAGCAAAUGGUAAAAAUGCUCUACUACUUUCUGGAUUGGUUAAUAGGAAUGUUUGAUGAUCUGAGAUACAAGGAAUAUGUACAAAUCUUAUUUAUUUUAGAAUAUUUCUCAUACUUCAUACAACACAAAUUGAAAUUAGCACAGCUGAUUACAUUAGAUUUUCUGUUUAUUGAGUUAGGUUUGGGAAUUUUUGCUUUAUUCAGUGGUUUGAACCAAUGCCACAAAAAGAAAGUGAAAAUAAGCAUGCUGUUUAACUGAAUUAUGCAAUAUUUUCCUGUUUCUGGAAUAGAAACCCAUCUAGGGAUUUAUAAGUGCCUUUCUCCUUUUGCCUAAAAUUCCAUUAGGAGAAGAAGUUCAGAUGCAGAGAAAUUCCACAACCUUGAAGGAAAAUAAAUCAUCACGCAUUAAGAGAUAAUAGGAUUGAGCUGGUUCGGGCUUCCUGGCAUGAGUUGAGUAUCAGCGUCAGUGAUGUGUCUCUCUCUGAUGAAGGACAGUACACCUGUUCUUUAUUUACAAUGCCUGUCAAAACUUCCAAGGCCUAUCUCACUGUUCUGGGUGUUCCUGAGAAGCCUCAAAUUAGUGGAUUUUCAUCACCAGUUAUGGAGGGAGACUUGAUGCAGUUGACUUGUAAAACAUCUGGUAGCAAACCUGCAGCUGAUAUAAGAUGGUUCAAAAAUGACAAAGAGAUUAAAGAUGUAAAGUAUUUGAAAGAAGAAGAUGCAAAUCGCAAGACUUUCACAGUCAGCAGCACCCUGGACUUCCGAGUGGACCGCAGCGACGAUGGCGUGGCAGUCAUCUGCAGAGUGGACCAUGAAUCUCUCAAUGCCACCCCUCAGGUGGCCAUGCAGGUGCUAGAAAUACACUAUACACCAUCAGUUAAGAUUAUACCAUCCACUCCUUUUCCACAAGAAGGACAGCCUUUAAUUUUGACUUGUGAAUCCAAAGGAAAACCACUGCCAGAACCUGUUUUGUGGACAAAGGAUGGUGGAGAGUUACCAGAUCCUGACCGAAUGGUUGUGAGUGGUAGGGAACUAAAUAUUCUUUUCCUCAACAAAACGGAUAAUGGUACAUAUCGAUGUGAAGCCACAAACACCAUUGGCCAAAGCAGUGCAGAGUACGUUCUCAUUGUUCAUGAUGUUCCCAACACUUUGCUUCCCACUACUAUCAUCCCCUCCCUUACCACUGCAACAGUCACAACCACUGUAGCCAUAACCACCAGCCCAACCACAUCUGCAACAACCAGCAACAUAAGAGAUCCCAAUGCUCUGGCUGGCCAGGCUGGCCCUGAUCAUGCUCUUAUAGGAGGAAUAGUGGCUGUAGUUGUUUUUGUCACGCUGUGUUCUAUAUUUUUGCUGGGACGAUAUCUGGCGAGACAUAAAGGAACAUACUUAACAAAUGAAGCUAAAGGAGCUGAAGAUGCACCAGAUGCUGACACAGCCAUUAUCAAUGCUGAGGGCAGCCAAGUCAAUGCUGAAGAGAAAAAGGAAUAUUUCAUUUAAAGUACAGGCCAAGAUUCUGAAUUUUACUUACCAGGCUGGCUGCUGGAGAAAACUGGCUAUCAUCUUUCCGAAUUCAUUUCUGCCAUCUUCUGCUACCUUUAUUAACUUCCAUCCUGUACUGCUAUCAGUAGCCAGUGUAUACCAACAAUCAGCUGUCGAAAGCAUCAUUCUUUAAUUACUGUACCAUCCAUAAUGCAGGACAUUUCUCACUGCCUAAAUUCCACAUCAUUGCUCUUUUAACAUACAGUGCUUGAAUAUACAGCCUUAACAAUGUUAAUCAUCUCCUUGAAUCAUGAUAUUGAAUUGUUUUUAUACAUUGAAAAAAUGUUCAGUUUUUUUUCCCCCUCAUUUUUUGUUCUCCCUUUAAAUCGAAGACCUUGUCUUUGGAUAGCUUUCACAAGGAUCAGGAUUAGGUAAAGGCCUAAUGUGCUGAAGUUUAAUCAGAUUUAGAGGUUUACAAUGCUUCCUACGUGUCUAUCUUUGAAGACAUGUUUUGGAAGCAUAUGCCCUAGAAAAUACAAACUGGAAAAAAAAAAAAAAAACCUACUGUAGUAUAGAUUCUGGAAUGUUUGAGCUUAUACUGGUAAAGCUGUAUCAAUUUGCUAUUUAAAACUAUAGUAUUUGAUACAGGAACCAUGUGUAUGGAUUGCAAUCAUGACAUGGUAUCUUAUAUAAUUAUGUAAAUCCUACCAUUAGAUUAUUUUAGCUUCAUAUACCAAUAAAUUGUUGCAAACAUUUUACUGCUUUGUGAAUCACAAAGAUUUCAUUCAUUUCUUUAAUUUGAUUCUGUAAUUUAUUUGCUCCACAAAGACUCACCUGCCUAAACAAAAUUGAAAUAUCCAUAGGGCACAAUUUUGAGACAUUUUAGUAUCUGUAUAUAGUGCAUAUAAUAAAUCCAAUUAAACAUUAUUUGAUACAUAUUUAACUUUUUUGGCUGUAGGUAAUCCAGUCAUGAGUAAGCAUUUUCUAAUGUCCAUUAUAUCCCUUUAGAUAUUACUUAAACCAAUAUUAUAAGUAGAUAACCUGUAUUAGUAUUUUUGUCUGUAUGUCCUAGCACUGUUCAACAGCAAAUUUUUCUAGUUCUUGUUGAUUUUUAUUUGUUAUACAAUGGAAGCACAAUGUUAUAAGGAAAGGUAAUUUUAAGCUAACAACCAGUGCACAGCCUCAGGUUUUAAAUUACAACCACAGUUGAAUAAUAACCUAAAAAUAAACUCUUAGUUUGCUAAAAAUUUACAAAUUUUAAUUUGGCAGUUCCAGAGCUGCUUACCUAUGUUGGUUUGCCAAAAAGAAGUGUUUAAGAUAUGUUUUCUGUAUAAAAUAACUAAUUCUUUAUAUUAAAUUCCUGUCUAUGCAUUUUGUGAGGUACAAACUUAUGAAACAGUGAGUGAUAGAGAAUUUCUGCCAUGCUUUUAACUCCAAGGUGAAAGUCUCUUUCUCUGGAUUAUUUCUGAAAUUUUGGUGUAUUUAACCAUUAAGAAAUGCUGUAUUCUUAAAUAUGACACCGAGUCAAUCUAAAGUCAUAUUAUUCCUCCUAGUUAAAUACAAUAUUACUAGAUUAGUUCUCAUUAGAUUUAUUAUAUGCUAAAGAUUAAAAAUCCAGUUAGAUAAAAAUUAUUUUCCCAUCCACAAUCAUUGCACCUUUAAGAAGAAAACAAAUAUGACAAUAUGGUAUCUAUACUUGUGAUGUCUGAAAGCAUGAUGGCUUAUGGUUUUAACAAUAAUAUCUUGGAAUUUAUUUGGGGGAAGAAAGAAUGGUUGAGUAUGACAUCAUGUGUUAAUAUCAAAUGAAAGACAAGGGUGCUGUAUCUUAUUUAUCAGAAAAGUAUAAAUCUUUUAAGGACAUUAGAAUUUUUAAUUGUUUGAUUAUUGAAGCAUUUAUCUUGAUUUCUUACAAAAGAAAAAGGACGAUGUCAGUCAAGCAGCACUUUUUCAGAUUAUACAGAACAUAAAUAAUAUGAUGUGGUUGAGUGUUAACAUAAUAAAUCAUAUACAGUAUGACAUUUUAAGGAAAUAAGUCUGCAUUGAUGUGAUUGCAUGCUUGUUUUUACAGUUCACUCCAUACCAUCUGUGGAAAAAUGCAAUAAUAUGUUAAUAUAGUAUGGUAGUUUGAGAGAAUCAGGUAGGUGCUACUAGACACAUUGAAACUAGAAUAGGUUUAUAAACUGUUCAUAUCUUUCAAUGCAUAAUCUUUAGAAAGACUCCACAAAGCAAAAUUCAUCCUAUGAGUACAAAAUGGAAAGGUUAUUAUUACAGAAGUAAGUUGUAUAAACUGCAUCAUCAAUUGCUAUUUAAAGCCUAAUUUCAGGAUGCAUUUACAAAAUUGCUACUCUUCAUCGAUGCCGUAUUUACAUCCCUUUUCAUUUCAUCUGUAUUCUACUUGGCUCCAACUGCUAAAUUGUUGCCUAAAUAACUCAAUCAUUAUUUAUAGCACUGUACAAUUAGAAGAAAUCCAAAAUUGGUUGCAUUUCAAGACUUUUGACUCUUUUAACCCUUUACAGUAAUAUUAAAAACUCAUUAGAACUCUGUAAAAGACACUAAUUGGUACAGUAUGAUUUGUGAGAUCUAAUCAAAUAUUUUGCCAGUGAAAAUAGAUUUGAAUUGAGUAUUAUUUUCAGUUAUUGAAAGAAAAUGACAAUGGAGUUAGAUUUUCUUAUCUUAAAAAUGAUUUGAUUUCUACCAAACAAGGAGAUAAAGUGUGAAAAUUCUGCUCAUUUCUCUAAAAAUCAUAAAAUAGGAAAUGACAUUUCUAAGUGGACCAUGUCAAUUGCAAUGCCUGAAAUGUUUGAACUUCUCUGCCCAGAGAGCCAUAUUCUGUCUUUGCUUAGUGAGCACCGUAGCCACAGAACUCAAUGAAAGGAGUGCAUACACACACACACACACCCCUAGUAGAAUAUGGAACAUUAUUCUUUACCAAAAGUAGAUGUUCUCUGCCAGUGUAUGUUUACAGUGUAAUUUGAUUGUCCUCCAUCAAAAAAGUGUGAACAGCAUUCUUUUUUCUUUUUCUUGUUUCCAUUUUUUGAGUGUCCUAGGUAGAACAAUUAUCAAAAUUAGGAAGAAAAAGGAAUGUUUAUGAGUGUAAGAGCAAAGAGAGAAAGCAUGAGCAAAGUAUUGGUGUGUGUGCGUGUGUGUGUGCGUAUGUGUGUGUGCGUUAGGGAGAAAGAGAAAGAGAGAGAGAGAGAUUUCAACUCGUUUUCUUUUACCAGAGAAUACAAGAAGCAGUUUAAGGAAUCUGAUAUUGGAGUUUAAUCUAGAAACUAGAUGAUCUCACAUUGAUUCAAGAUGCUUAAUCUUGCAUUGAAACCCCUCAAUUAAAAUAACAAAUAGAGAAAGAAAACUAACUUUCCUAAAUAUGGCAAAGACACUAAUGCCUCAUUUAUUUUUAUUUCUUUGUAAAAAUAUAAAUAUCUCAAUUAAAAGGACAGGCUCACUUGUAAUUAUGUACUCAUGAUUGUAACAGCAUUGAGAUUCCAUAUAGGCACAUGUACAGCAGCUGUUUGACGGUGAUGGUUCUUCCAUGUAACAUAGCAGUUAUCGUGUAAUUUAGUGCCACUUACUGCAAAGUGUUACCAAGGGGAACAUUAAAAUACUUUUUCUUUUUUCUUUGGCUAUAAGGAUAAUUCAAUGAAUGAUAAAUGUGGAAUUUCAUAUUAUGUUUUUUAAUUUGGAAAAAAUUCCAAAACUCAUCUCUAACUGCAAAUUCCCCAUCACAUAGUUAAUUACUUAGAGCCCUCUAAAAAUGCCCACUUCAAUUCCCCCUUUGCAAAUAGUAAUCUGUGAUAAAUAUACAAUACAAAACAAAACAAAAAAACAACUGGAAACCACAGUGGAAAUAGAUGAAAACACCUAAUGAGAAUUACUGAGUAAUGCUUUUUAUUAAGUGGCACAAAGUACACACUAAAAACUAUGCAAAAUAUAGGUAACUACAGUGUAUGUACAUGUAAGUAUCUUGUACUUGCUGUGUAUGGAUGUUGGAAACCCAUGUAAUUAUAAUAUGCAUUUUGAAUAUUGGGAAAGAGGAAAUCUUAGUGUAGAUAAUAGAAUUUGUUUUGAAAUAUACACUGGCAAUAUUGAAAUAUACUCAGUGCAAUAUCUGCAAUUCUAUUGCUGGAUACUUAAUGCAAAGGGAUUUUAAAGAAUUCUUCAACAAGAUCUAAAAGAUUGCUAAUCUUCACAUCCCACAUAUUAAAGCAUUAAUUAAAAAUACAACUGCCAUAACAACACUUUAAAUUUUUCACGUUAAUCAUUAAUGUGACACAAAAUUAUCUGGCCUAGUUUUUAGCAUUACUGGAGAGAAAGAAAUAACCUAAGUUUUAAAAUUUUGAUCCAUAUCUAAUUGAAUUUGGAAUUCUUAAACUUUCUUUGAAAGUUUGUAUAUUUUAAUGGAUUAUGGUACUUUUAUUAUAAGUACAAAUUUAUUCAAUCAAAGAACAUAGGUUAACUUUAAUAGAGUCACUAUAUCUUAAUGGGAAUUUCUAAUAUAUUUUCUUUUUCCAUUCAUUCUUCCCUUUUUCUCUCUGUUUCACCCCAAAACAUGCCCUUUGCACUUAUACCCUUCCAAAGGCAAUGGAUUGAAAGUAGCAAGAUUAUAAAGAGCGAUAAAGGGAACAGCAUGUAAAAAAUGGGUUCUAAAUUCAUCAGCAUUUUUAUGUAUUGAGAUUAUUAAUAUCGAAUGCAAUAGUUAUUGGAGAUAGCUGGUAAAUUCUCUGCCAUGCAUACUUACAAUAAUCCUUCUACCUCUCACUUUUAACAUGGGCUAUGAUACUUCAAUAUAAAUAGAAGAAAUAAUUAUGUACAAGAUAUCCCAGGAAGCACUCUUUUGGGACCAUAUUAACGGUCCACUCCCCACUCCCUGGGAAAUCUCAAAAGCCAACUUUACUUUCAGUGUAUACAGAGGUGUAUGGAUAUGCAUUUGUUUUUCCUUUUCUAUCAUUAACUUUUCCUAUAAGCAAAAUACAAUAACUUUAUAAGGAUAGUUCUUCUCAUGCCUACUUCCUAUUUCAAUGUGAUAUAAUUGUGUUGAUUUAAAAAAAUUUAAAUGGCAACACUUUGCAAUCCAAUAUCUGUUUCAUUUAAUAUUUAAAAUACACAAUUUCUUAUAAAUUCUGUCUUUUAAGCAAAAAUUAUACAUAUGAUUUAUUUUCCCAAGAAGUGUUAUCUGUGUAAGAAAAAUAUUUAAAGUAUUUAAUAAUGCCAUAUUAACAAAUAAACCCUGAAUAAUAACAAUGCAAAGUAUUGCCACAAAUACCCACUUUAUUUUGUCUGCAUAGACAUAAUACCAAUUCUUCAAAUGAUGUAAUUUAAUUAUUCUAAAAGGAAAAUGACAUUUUGAAAGCAGAUUUUUCCUUUAGAAAAAAAAAGAUAAAAAAUUAUCUCCAAUUAUGAUGCUGAAUCUAUAAAAUAUGCUUAAAGUAAGACAUUUCUGUUAUGUGGUUAUGUUACAAGUAAUAUUUGGUGUGAUCUUUACCAUCUUUCUCAUAUAUGUUAUAAAAAAUGUAUGGUUAUUUUGGAGAGAAUGGGCCCAAAUGUGAAAAGGAUGUAAAGAAAAAAACCACUAUUUUCCCCUAUGAAAUAUAUUGUAUAUUUCAAAAGAAGAAACUUAAAAGAUUUUUGAAGAUUGCAGGGGCAAAGGAAAACCUACCAGGGCUCAGCACUUAAGCACUUUUCCCACAUCCAGGGUCAGAACAGCAGUAAUUCCUACAUGGACUUUUAAGUGCGGUAUGAAAUGCCACAUUACACUUCUCUUACACACAGUACUGUCAAACCUCAAAAGUUUUCUUUCUUCAGAUGCUUUUCCUUGUACAUGAUACUAGUAGACACUUUUCUCUUUAUAUUUGCUGAUAGUGAAAGUUAUAUGCAAUAAAAUAUUUGAUGGUUGAAAGCAGUGGUCACCAGUUGGUUAAAAAAAAAAAACUAUGAAAUGUAAACUGAAUUGUUCUCUUUUUUGCUUUUCUCUGUGUUUCUAAUGUAUUGACUGAGUCUCAUAAAUAGAAAGAAAAUAACUUAGAAAAAUUUCAAAUCUAGUACUCUUUUUCCUUAUAAAUGUAUAAAAUUAAUCUCUUUACAAAUUUAUUUAACUGUACCUGCUGUACUUAUUGUAGAUUCAAUGAUGCAGUUAAGUAGUAACCCAAGGAUUUAUGAGUUUGGGAUUACUGACCUAUUUUUUUUUUUCAUAUUCAGUUCACAUCAAUAUUUGCGAAUUGGUUGUUUAGCUUUUCAGUCAACCAAGAAAUAUUCCCUCGUGAAAGCUCCAUUUUUAUCAUAAAUAUUUCAACAUAACAAACAUCAGAACAAGUCUGCCAUGUUAAAAAGAAUUUAAAGACUUAUCUCUGAAAAUGGUACCCAGAAAUGCAGGUUUCCCAGUGAUGUAGCUUCAAAAAUAAAAUGUUCUAUUUAUAUGACAUGAAAUUCAUAACUUUUGGAAGGGUAUAUUUAUGACAGCAUAAAAAUAAAUUCUGUGCUAUAAAGAAGAUGCAAUGAAAUCAAGCAUAUUGCACAGAAGGUAGAGAAACACAAUUAUUGAAUCUACUAUUAUCAUUAACAUUUUCAAGAACCAAAAUGCAUAUUGUAAUAUUAGGUACAUGACACUUGCAUGUUGAUAUGCCUAUAUACUUACAAAGUAUUCAAUGUGUACUUAGUGGCGCUUAAACUAUGUCAUGUACAACUCUUAUAAACAUUCUUACAGGGUUCCCAUUUGCACUUCAUCUUUUGGUAAAGUUUUGUCAGAAAAGAAUUGUCUGAUAUAUAUGGAAAAAUAAAAUUUGAAUUUUAGUUACCCGUUGGACAUUACUGAAUGGUCUAUUCAUUUAGUUCAUUUUCUUAGGCUUGUUAAAAGACACUGAAAGGUGGAAUUUUUUUCUCCCACUGACAGAUUAUAAAAGAUGUUAUAAAAUAUAUUCCUUUAUGCCUUUACUUUGCAUAUCUUUUUUCAACUGCAUAUAUUAUCCAUUCAUUUUAGGUUUCUUCAGUGAUGCCCAUUUUCUUUGUAAAUUUCUAAAUGGAAGUUUUAAAAAUUAAGCAGUGGUAAAACAAAUGUUAUCUUAUUUGUACAUUUAAUCGUUACUCCUUGGAAUAUAUGAACCUUGUAAUAUGCUGACUAAGGGUUAAGAAAAUGUUGCUGACUUAGGAAAUUUGCUUGAGAUUGCCAAAAUUCCAAAACUCUGUAAAAGUAAUUUUACAAUCACUUUUGUGUGUUUACUAAUGUUGACUAGGAACAAAGCAAAAACACUUAAACAUUUUUUUUUUAAUUUUCACAUUCUAACCAGUAUUAUAUAUUUCAACUACCUAAGAUAAUGCAAUUAGUAUUAUAUCCAUCCUAAGCUUAUGCCAAUAAGAAUUUGAGAUAAGCUUUUAAAUUUAUGGAGGAUUUUCUUUGUGUCUUUGGAAGUUCACUUACCAUAAGGUAUUUUAUAGUCUACUUUAAAUAACAGAUUUUGUUAUACAGGGUAAGCCAAAGGCUGUACAAGAAUUAGUGUCAUUGGGUCUGAUAUUUGUGUUAGACCAUGAAAUAUUCCAUUAAAAUUUAUCUGUAAAUACAA